GUUAAAUGAUCACCUCAGCCAGCAAGAUAAAACGAACUUGAAAUAUGCUAACCUUAACGCUAUUAGAUGAUUCUCAUUUAUGGACAGUUACUUGACGGCAGACAGUUUCUCAUUAAUUUUCAUAUCUUCAAUCGCCAUAGUUAUCUUGUCUCUCAAGUCCACCACCCUUUUGAAAACCAAAGGACCAAUGCGUGUUUUCGUAUCCCAGGGUCAAUGGCAGGAAACUGCAGCGAAAAAGCGGAAGGAAACACUAGAAAAGAUCAAACCUGAAUGGAUACUCGAAGAUUCUGUUCUGAACAAUGUGAAACAUAGACGAGUAAUCGUGGGCGAAUUUAUUGAAGGUCUUCUAGAUGAUGAAACUCGACGAUUCACAAUGAUGGACGUCCCAGAAUUGUCUAAAGGUAUAUCUGAUGGGUCAUUUAGAUCCACCCAGGUUGUAACUGCUUUCUGCAAGAGGGCGGCAUUCGCACACCAACUCAAUCAAAACCUCUUAGAGAUAGGCUUUGAUCAAGCGAUUUCCCAUGCUCAGAAGCUUGAUGAGUAUUACGAUAAUCAUCAAAAGGUCAUUGGACCUUUGCAUGGAAUUCCCAUCACACUCAAAGACCAGUUCCACGUUAAGGGCAUGGAGACGACAAUGGGAUACGUUGGAUGGAUUGGAACCUUUGAAGGCGAAAAAGGGACUGGAAAAGAGAAGAUGUUUGAGAGCGAAUUGGUCCGUGAGCUGGUUCGUCUUGGCGCUGUGCCUAUUGGAAAGACAUCACUUGUUACUAGUCUUUGGGCACCUGAGACGAACAAUCAUAUCAGCGGCUACGUGUGGAAUCCACAUAACACAUUGCUCUCUGCCGGGGGGUCAUCGGGCGGUGAGGGAGCUCUUCAGGCACUAAGAGGAAGUCCUAUUGGGUUUGGGACUGAUAUAGGCGGCUCCGUGUCUAUGCCUGCUUCUUAUAAUGGCUUGUUCAGUUUGAAGCCAUCUGCCGGUCGACUACCUUUUAAAGGAGUCGCAAAUUCAGGUUCGGGCCAACAAGUUAUGCCAACUGUGAUAGGGAUCAUUGGCCAUUCCAUUACCGCAGUUCGUAUCAUCUUUGAGUCUUUAAUGUCGGUUCAGCCAUCGCUACACGAUCCGUACGCACUACCAAUCCCAUAUAGGCGCGCUUUAGAACAAGAAAUCCAUGAUACGUCCCGCCUAAACUUGGGUUUCAUGGAACACGAUGGCGUUGUGAGGCCCCAUCCACCCAUCGCUCGCGCGCUUCGAAUGGUCAAAAGUGCGUUGGAAAGGGGAGGUCAUAAGCUCAUUCCUUGGAAGCAGCCAUCACCCGACGAAGCCGUUGAUAUUCACACUGCGAUUGCUCGAGGCGAUGGAUGCAUAGAUGUCUGGGAGAACCUAGAGCUCUCCGGAGAGCCCCCAGUUCCAGAGAUCGAGCACCUAUUUCCAAGAAAGAAACCUAGCCCAUCAAUGUCAUUGAGGGACCAUGAGAUGUUCUGCAUCAGAAUGAAACGAUAUCGCGAAUUAUAUAUGAAUUAUUGGAAUUCCACAGUAGCAGAAACAGACAAUGGACAUCCCGUAGAAGCAGUGAUACUCGCAGUCACGCCAUAUGCGGCUAUACUUCCUGGCAGUUCUUACUACUUCGGAUAUAACUGUUUUAUUAAUGUUCUAGAUUACACCUCAAUAGUUAUCCCUGUAACAUUUGCCAAUGAAGACUUGGAUGUAGUUGAUUCGAGUUUUCAACCAUUAACAGGUCGAGAUGAGGUUAACAUGGGUCUCUAUGACGCUAAGAAAUUCCACGGGGCCCCAGCAGGCAUCCAGAUCAUGGGCAGAAGACUCCACGAAGAGAGACUUCUACGAAUAGCACAGUUGGUGGGACAAGCAGUGGAAAAGUAUAAAGAAAGUGGUGGUAACGGGAUGGAGAGACAGACAAGUUGCGGGAUCUGCCCAACGAAGCUAUAAGAAAUGACCUCGAUACGAAAUUCUCUACGUAGCUUCGGGCUUUAUUCAUUACCAGCACCUUAUUACCUAGGUAACGAUCAGAGUACGAUGUCAGUAUUAAGUUUAGGACCCAUUCCCUGAUCACGUGAUGCCCCCCCCUUCCCCCCUUUUACCCCUUUACCCCUUAACCCCUUUUCCAUACUUAUACUACGACUCCUGC